CAAUUCCCAGAAAGAGCUCAUUCCUGAUGGCUCAUCACCUACAUGCUUCUGUUCAUGCAGCUGUUUCAACCAGAUCAUUUGCUUCUUCCUCGCACAGCAGAUUCUACGUGCCUGGCCAUGUCCAAUUUCUAGCUGCCCUUAAAUUGUCGAGUCAGCCCACUGUCAGGCGAUCUGCAGAUUACCAGCCUCCUAUUUGGAGCUUUGAAUACAUUCAGUCGCUGAAAACUGAAUAUGUGGGACAAUCAUACAGAACGCGCAUCAACAAGUUAAAGGAAAAUGUAAUGGAGAUGCUAGAAGGAAAGGAGAUGAACAAGAAUCCUUUGCAUCAACUCCAGCUCAUAGAUGCCUUGCAGAGGCUAGGAAUAUCUUAUCAUUUUGAGGAUGAAAUAAAGGUAAUUUUGCAGGGAGCAUACAGCAAUAAUCAUGGCAAUUAUGGCCUCAAUAAAGACUGUUUAUGUGCAGCAGCUCUUGUAUUCAGACUCCUAAGACAACAUGGGCAUAAAGUACCUCAAGCAAUUUUCAAUAGUUUCAUAGAUGAGAGCGGGAACCUCAAGGCUUGUCUGUGCAAAGAUUGCAAAGGAAUGCUAUAUCUUUAUGAAGCCUCAUUCCUUUCAAUGGAAGGUGAAGGUAUACUAGAUGCAGCUAGAACUUUCACGAGAACGCAUCUGAAUGAAUAUGUUAUGCUCAAAGAAAGCAAAGAUCCAUAUCUUUCCACGUUGGUGGAACACUCCCUAGAGUUUCCACUUCAUUGGAGAAUGCCAAGAAUGGAAGCAAGAUGGUUCAUUGAGUUUUAUCAGCAAAGUCCAGACAUGAAUCCCGUCUUGCUUGAUUUUGCCAAGUUGGAUUUCAACAUGGUGCAAGCGACAUACCAAGAGGAUCUAAAACAUGCUUCCAUGUGGUGGAUGCAAGUAGGUCUUGGGGAAAAGUUGGAGUUCAUUAGAGACAGGUUGGUGGAGAAUUAUUUGUGGACAACAGGAGUUUUGUUCCAGCCUCAGUAUGGAUAUUUUAGAAGAAUGGCCACACAAGUCAUUGCACUGGUAACAACAAUAGAUGAUGUUUAUGAUGUCUAUGGAACCUUGGAUGAACUUGAGCAUUUUACCAAUGCUGUUGAGAGAUGGGAUAUCAAUGCAAUAGAGCAACUUCCAGACUAUAUGAAGUUAUGUUUUUUUGCCCUGUAUAACUCCAUGAACCAAAUGGCUUCCAAGAUUUUCCAGGAACAAGGAUUAAACAUCCUUUCUUACUCAAAGAAAGCGUGGGUAGAUUUAUGUAAAAGUUACUUAAUAGAGGCAAAAUGGUACCAUGAAGGAUACACUCCAACUUUGCAUCAGUACAUUGAUAAUGCAGCCGUUUCAAUAUCGGCGCCUCUUGUAUUAUUACAUGCUUAUCUCCUUUCUUCAAAUCACAUAACAAUGGAGGUCUUGCAUUAUAUUGAGGAAGAAUUCCCCAGCAUAAUCCAUUGUUCGUCAAUGGUAUCAAGGCUUGCAAAUGAUUUGGGAACAUCACCGGAUGAAAUGAAAAGAGGUGAUGUUCCAAAAUCUAUUCAAUGCUACAUGCAUGAAAUGGGAGCUUGUGAAGAAGAUGCUUGUAAAUAUAUACAGGAUUUGAUUGACAUAACAUGGAAGAAGAUGAACAAAGAUCGAUUUGAAGCCUGUCCUCUCCCUCCAACUUUGACUGAAGCUACAAUGAACCUUGCAAGAUUGACUCAGUUUAUGUACCGAUAUGGGGACGGUCAUAGCUCUCAAGAUCAUGUAACAAAGAAUCAUGUACUAUCAUUGCUCAUCAAUCCCAUUGCUUGGCCCUGAUUUACAUUAGUGUCAGUGUGCAGUUGAUUUUCAUCAAUGUUGGGAUGUUUAAUUUCCUAAAUGAAUAGAAACUUGUAAUAUCCCUUUAACAUCCUUAUGUACCGCUGUUGUUUUUCGUACAUUUUAUCUAUCAAUCAAAGUCUUUCGUGUAG